AUGUCUUACGCGCCGUGUCCCAAAAAAACAGGGCUGCCGAGAGAGGUCGUGAAGUGGCUGCAGAGCCUCGACCUGUCGUUUUACCCGAAGAAUGUUUGCAGAGAUUUUUCCAGCGGUUACCUUUUGGCAGAGAUAUUUUCUCGUUAUUACCCUCAAGACUUCCAGGAGCAUUUGUAUGACAAAGGAACAUCACUUUCUGCCAAGCAGAAGAACUGGAGCCGGAUAGAGAAAUCUUUACAGAAGCUGAAUCUGCAGUUGAUGAAGGAGGUUGUUGACGGAACCAUUCACUGUAAACCAGGAGCAGCUGCGCUGCUGGUGCAGGAGGUUUAUACCUUUUUAACUAACAGGAGUGUCAGGGAUGUUGAGAGCCCAGGGUCAGACUUCACCGACCAAGAGUACCAGGCGCUCCUGCCCGCAGUGGCCCGCUCCACGGCCUCUAAAGCCAUCAAGAACAACCUGAGGAUAACAGAGAUUAUGGCUAAACCCGACAUCAGCACAAACCAGAGAAAGGCAGAAAUCAUCCUCCACAGGCACCUGGAGCACAAAGCUGCAGAGAGGACUCUCAACCCUGAGUUGUGCUCCUCUUCGACAUGGAGUGGAGCUGCUGUUUCCUUUAAGGAUAAAGGUGCGUCAGCCUGUCAGACACUCCCUGGUUAA